AUGAAAUUCGUGACAAGUCUGUUUCGAUCUGUCCGUCCAACAUCAGCAAGUCAUUUCAUCCGACCCCUGCAGCCUGUCCGCUGGGCUCGCUUCCAAGCUUUCGAGGCAGAUUUUGAUCCUGAAGAGUUGGAAAAGGCACGAUCAUGGCACAAGUCUUUUAACGGCAGCCAACUUCCCAAGGGGCAAACAACCUAUGCUCGCUCCAGCGGUCCCGGUGGCCAGCAUGUUAACAAAACUGAGAGCAAAGCAGUCACUGUUUGGCCGAUCAAAGACAUAUUACCAGUCUUGCCAAAACUGUUACACCAAAGCAUCAGGGAAUCAAAAUACUACACAGCCAGGUCAGACUCUCUGACAUUCCAAGCCCAAACGCAUCGCCAGAGAGACGCCAACUCGGAAGAAAACCAGCAAAAGCUCCUUGACGAGAUCAAGAAGAUAUAUCAGGAGACAGUCCCUGGCGAAACAAGUCCCGACAAGAAGAAGAAACAUGAUGAGAUAGCAAAAUCUUUCAACGAGGGACGAUUGAGACAGAAGAAACAAAUGAGCUCCAAGAAGCAGAAUCGACGUUCUUUUGACUAA